GUUUUCUGCUGAAGGAUUUUGGCAGACCAUAGGGUCUUCACUUCCUUUUAAUGACUAAAGUACCUUUCACUGGGGCUGUGGCAGUGGGGAAAGCUCUCUCUCUCCCUCUCUCUCCCUCCCCCUCUCUCUCCCUCUCUCCACUCUGCAGAGUGCAGUCGAACAGAAAGUAGCCUCUUGCUUCUCCUGUCUUCGCCGUGUAGGCAGUCAGAUGUUGGUGACCGUUGCAGACACAGAAGUGCAAAAUUCAUCAGAUCUGGAAAGUGUGAGAGUGUGGAGGAGUGGAGUAAAGAGUACAGGAGAGGCAGACUGUCUCUCUCCUUCACCCGGCAGGUUUUUCUGCAGCAUCUUUCUUCUUCAUCAUGGAUCCCUGGAGUAAAAAAGUCCUGGGAAUUAUUGCACAGGUUGCCCUGAUAGUUGUCAGCUCGUAUGGAGCAACAAGAGGAGAGGUUUGUCACAGUCCCCUGGUAUCCAGUCUACUGCAAUCGUCCUUCAAAAGUUCCUCACAGUUGUCUGGCAGCCAUGGGCCAGGCUUUGCCAAGUUGAACCGGAGAGAAGGAGCUGGAGGUUGGUCUCCUCUGAGCUCAGACAGAUAUCAGUGGUUGGAGGUCGACCUGGGUGGACGGACACAAAUCACUGCUGUUGCUACGCAAGGCCGCUAUGGCAGCUCUGAUUGGCAGACAGCCUACCUGCUGAUGUUCAGCGACACAGGACACAACUGGAAACAGUAUCGUCAGGAAGACAGCAUAGGGGCCUUUCCAGGUAACAGUAAUGCUGACAGUGUGGUCCAGCACAAGCUCCAGCACCCAGUGAUCGCUCGCUACGUCCGCCUGAUCCCCCUCGACUGGAAUCCUAAUGGUCGGAUUGGACUCAGACUGGAGACCUAUGGAUGUCCUUACAACUCUGACGUGGUGAGCUUCGAUGGCCGCAGCAGCCUUCUCUACAGGUUGAGUCCCAGGCUGAGGCAAAUGACCAGGGAGAGCAUCUCUCUGAACUUUAAAACCCUGAGGAAUUCUGGGAUACUGCUUCACGCAGAGGGACAGAGCGAGCACAGCCUCACCCUAGAGUUAGAGAGCGGAAAGCUUCUCUUGCUCCUCCGAAAAGGCAGGAGUUUUUCUCCCGACAGCCAGCAUCUUGUGUCUCUGGGCAGCUUGUUAGAUGACCAACACUGGCACCACAUCGCAGUGGAGCAUCACAGCUCUCACCUCAACCUCACUGUGGACAAAAGCACACUAUGGGUGCAGAUUCCACCAAGGUUCACCCACUGGGACCAUGACCAGAUGAGUGUGGGAGCAGACCAGGGACAUGGCUCUCGGAGGUCAGUCAGCCCACACAGAAAUUUCCACGGCUGUUUGGAAAAUCUUGUUUACAACGCUUUGAACCUGGUAGACCUCGCUAAACAAAACGACCACCGGGUCACUGUCAAGGGUAAUGUGACCUUUUCUUGUGCUGAACCCGUUUUUGUUGCAAUGACAUUCACCAGCCCCCAGAGCUUCCUCUGGUUGCCAGGGGUGACAGAGCCGUCAUCACUGGGCACGUCGGUGGGGCUUCAGUUUCGGACGUGGAACAAGGCGGGGCUGCUGCUGACCUUUGAUCUCCCAAAGCAAGGGGUUGUGGUCUCGCUGUACCUGAGCAAAGCUAGGCUUCAUCUACAGAUCCACAAGUCUGGGAAGGCGCUCCUAGAGCUCAGUGCAGGUUCAGCUCUGAAUGACGGUCAGUGGCACUCUGUGGAGCUGAUCUCCAGACGAGGACAAGUGACUGUUGCUGUGGACGGAGAUGAAGGAGCCUCUGCUCACGCCAGCCCCUCAUUUCUUGUUUCCACAGGAAGUCAACUUUUCUUUGGUGGUUGCCCUGCGGAAGGGAGCAGCCAGGAAUGUACGAACCCCUUCAAGACUUUCCAGGGCUGCAUGCGUCUCCUGACUGUGGACAACCAACCGGUGGACUUGAUCAUGGUGCAGCAGAGGCUGAUAGGAAACUACAGCCACCUGCAGAUUGACAUGUGUGGCAUCAUCGAUAGGUGUUCUCCGAGUCAUUGUGAACAUGGAGGCAGCUGCAGUCAGUCAUGGAGCACCUUCCACUGUAACUGCUCCAGCACCGGCUACAGCGGAGCCACCUGUCAAAGCUCGAUAUACGAGCAGUCCUGUGAGGCGUACAAACACAAAGGCAACACGUCAGGGUAUUAUAACAUUGACGUGGAUGGCAGCGGACCCAUCAGACCACAGCUAAUAUACUGCAACAUGACAGAUGACAUAACAUGGAUGGUGAUCCAACACAAUAACACAGAACUGACCAGAGUCAGACCGUCGCCAGGAAAGGAUCAGCACUCAGCUUACUUUGAAUAUGCAUCUGAGGAGGAGCAGCUGGCGGCCAUCAUUAGUCAUUCAGAGCACUGCGAACAGGAAGUGACUUACCACUGCAGGAAGUCACGCCUACUCAACACACCGGACGGCCCUCCACUCAGCUGGUGGGUAGGGGGUCCAGGUGUAGGACAGGUGCAGACUUAUUGGGGUGGGGCUUCACCCGGCAGCCAGCAGUGCGCAUGCGGCCUGCAGGAGAACUGCGUGGACCCCAAACAUCACUGCAACUGCGAUGCUGACCGCACUGAGUGGUUGAAUGACUCAGGCCUACUGACCCAUAAGGAGACCCUCCCUGUCAGAUCUUUGGUGCUGGGUGACGUCCAGAGGCCUGGCUCCGAAAGCGCCUACAGGGUGGGGCAUCUCCGUUGCCAUGGAGACAAAAAUGUCUGGAACGCUGCAUUUUUUGACAAGGAGACGUCGUACCUCCACUUUCCCACAUUCCACGGAGAGCUGAGCGCAGACAUCUCCUUCUUUUUCAAAACCACUUCAUCCUCUGGUGUCUUCCUGGAAAACUUGGGCAUCAAAGACUUCAUUCGGAUCGAACUCAACUCCUCCACUGAGGUCCUCUUCUCCUUUGACGUGGGUAACGGUCCGCUGGAGGUUCGUGUGAAGGCUGACUUCCCGCUGAACGACAACAGGUGGCAUCGCAUUCGAGCUGAGCGUAACGUUAAAGAGGCAUCACUUCGCCUUGACGAGCUCCCUGCUGCCACGCAGGAGGCUCCUGCUGAUGGGCACAUCCACCUGCAGCUGAACAGCCAGUUAUUUAUAGGAGGCACAGCGUCCAGGCAGAAGGGUUUUCGGGGUUGUAUUCGCUCUCUACAGCUCAAUGGCAUCACCCUGGACCUGGAGGAGAGAGCAAAGAUCACCCCCGGGGUUCAGGCAGGAUGUCCAGGCCACUGCAGCAGCUAUGGCUCACUCUGCCAGAACCAGGGUCGCUGUGUGGAGAGACCCAACAGCUUUUCCUGUGACUGCGGCCCUUCUGCUUACACUGGAGCCUUCUGCGACAGAGAGGUUUCAGCCAGCUUCAAGUCAGGAACAUCCGUAAGUUACACCUUGAAGGAGCCGGUGUUGAACGAGCUGAACAGGAACAGCAGCGCUCUGCCCUCAUCCAUCUACUCUGACAUGACCCUGAGAGCAGAAAACAUCUCCUUGAGGUUCAGGACCAGCCAGAGUCCCGCUCUGCUCCUCUACGUCAGCUCCUACCACAGAGAGUACCUGGCCCUGCUGCUUAACAAGCAUGACAAGCUGGAGGUGAGAUACAGACUGGACAGCAGCAAAGAUGCUGACAUCCUGAGGAGCAAAGUGAGGAACCUUGCCAAUGGACAGCUACAUGCUGUUACCAUCAGCAGACUUGCAGACACCGUCUCUGUGCAGAUUGACCAGAACAACAAAGAGGACUUUAACCUGACAUUUGAUGUAGAAUUCAAUGGCAUCAGAUCAUUAGUUCUUGGCAGAGUGCUUGACUCUGGUGAGUUGGAUCCGGAGUUGUCUCUGCUUGCCUCCCUGGGUUUCACAGGGUGUCUGUCUGCUGUCCUCUUUAACUCCAUCAGCCCUUUGAAAGCUGCUCUGCUCAGCCCAGCCACAAGCCCAGUCGUCGUUACUGGCCCACUGGUCCAGUCCAUUUGUGGCUCCACCUCAGCCAAUCCCUAUGCAGCAGAAACCACACACCACAUAUCAGGCCAGUCUGGAUCAGUGGGAACAGGUCAGCCUUUGGUGAAUGCCAUCAGGAGUGACUCAGUUCUAAUUGGAGGUGUGAUAGCGGUGGUGAUCUUUGUGAGCGUGUCUGCAUUAGCCAUAAUGGCCCGAGUCCUCUACAGCAGGAAAGGGAUGUGUCGGAGCCGGGAAGUAAAAACAGUCCAACCUGAAGAUAGCCCGGAGCUGGCGUUCAGCUCGCAAAAUGGUCCGAGUGAGAACCAGAAAGAAUAUUUUAUUUAGGUGGUUCUACCUGCUGCUGACCCAGCAGUGUUGGAGCUGAGGAGACAGAUAGAGACAGAGAUGCCUUGUCAAGCCUCAGUGCUUUACACUACUAACUGAGCCCGAGCAGUGGCUCAACAAGACAGGAAGACACAAACAGUUAUGUUCUGUCUUCCUUUGUUUUGUUUUUGCUUCUGUGGUUGUAUUUUUGUAAAGACUGUAUAUAAAUGCACAAGUGUUGAAUUUAUAUAUGCCAAUGUGUCAAUACUGUCAGUAGAACAAGUGUAAAUAUUUAAUGAUGUAAAUCUUAAAACUAUGACUUUAUAUCAAUCAGUCCUUCCUGUCAUAUUGAAAUGUUUGAAAUGAUUAAAUGAGGAACUGUAUUAUUCAUUGAAUGGGGAAAAAGCUUUGUUGGGUCUGGGGUGAUAUAAAUACAUUUACCAACAUGGAUAAUGAAUGUUUGCUGUUUUGAGUGACUGAGCCUACUGAAUUCAAUUUGAUGAUUCACAUUGUCUUCAUGGUUUUAGUUUUUUGUUGUUUUUUGUUUUGGGGGUUUUGUACCUACUGUAUGACAUAUGGAAAGGCAAAAUGUAUCCGUUCACAUUGAACAUUUCUCAUUUUAUCAAAAAGUCUUUUAUUCACCAUGAUUCUCUUUCAUUAUGUUACAGCUUGAAGCAAAGCUUAGCCGGUAUUUGUUUUUCUUUGUAUCCCUUCGCUUGAUUUUUUUUUUCUGUGCCAUUCCUGACUCUCAACGUAGUUCUGAAUAGUAAGGGUCCUGAGACCGACACAGUUACAGUGGACUACAAAAUUUUCCAGUCUUUCUGUUCCCAACAUAAUUCUAAUAAAAAUCUUUUAUUUAUCUUUAAACACAAAUGCCCUUGUCUGAAAUGGAGAUUGAGAGAAGGAAAACAAGUAUGAAAUAAAAACCAUGGUGUAUCAGCUGAUAAAGAGCAAAGCAUUUCAUGGAAAGUGAUCACACCUACUGAGGUUUUAAUCAGAUCUAACCAGUCAAGCAACCAAACAGACACAAAGAGUAAGAAGCAACUAGUUCCUGUUGUUUCUAUGUUAGAUUUUAAACAAAGUGCAUUUUUCCUGUGACUUUCAUUUUACACAGUUUCUUUAUGUUUUUCUGCAGAUGGGACCAGAUUGUAUUAUAAGCCACUUCGCCAUCACAAAAUUCUGUGUCUCCAGAUACUCUUAAAUAUCAAGUUAAAAGCCUUCAUGAAAAUUCCCCCAAACAGCCAAAACUGCGUGCGUUUGACUUCAUGCGGCAAUGCGCAAUGCUGACUUAACGUGAUGCAUGCUGGACUUAAAAUAAGGCAUGCUGGUUAGAAAUUGUGUCCGACUUUCACUGGCGCUGCAAAACAUCACCAUGUAACAUGACAUUUAAACCUCGCGGGAGCAAGGCAGCAGUUGCGUUUCUCCGGCUACACAAAGUUGGAGCCACACUAUUGCCUGGUCUCACAGCAUUUUUCUUUGCAAAUGGUGUGAGACCAGUCAUUGAUCUCAGCUCACAGCAAGCUGAUGCAGGUAGAAUGUGUCCAACAUGACGGAUCCGUUUUUAUACCCCGCCCCUGCAGUUACCUGCAGCUCGCGUUAGACCAUAUAGUUGGCAAAAGUCAGCCGCCGUCAUCUCGAAUGCACCUAAUCUCAUUGCAUGCUUUGAAGGGAGACAAGGCAUGCUGGGAAACAACUAUUGAAUACACAAACUGAAGACAUUGGAGCUGUAUACUUUAAACAAUGUUACUGUAAACUGUUUACUGAAUGUCACUUUAAAUUGUUUUGCGGAAUCAUUUCGUAGUUUUGGUGUCAGAUGUUUGGUUUCUCUCCUGGCAUUACAUCACUUUUGAAGAACACAAUGACCUUGACAGUAUGGAAGGUAAUUGUAAGUGACUUGCUGUAAGAUUUUAAUUUGUACAGAUAUUUUAGUAAGAAACACAGUUCUGUUCAGUGAAAAUAAAACAUUUAACCUUU